AUGAACGAAGUCGAUACUGUCCCCUUUUAUAACUUUAAUGUUGAUAAUGGGUACCUUGAAGGCCUUGUUCGGGGACUUAAAGGAGGUCUUUUGAAACAAUCAGAUUACUUAGUUCUCAUUCAGUGUGAAAAUCUAGAAGACUUAAAGUUGCAUCUGCAAGACACUGAUUAUGGAAACUUUUUGGCUAAUGAACCGGGACCCUUGACGGUUGGAAUAAUUGAAAGUAAAAUACGCGAGAAACUUGUCGGCGAGUUUCGCUACAUGCGUAAUCAGGCCUUUCAACCACUUGCGCUCUUCCUCGAUUACAUAACGUACUUCUUGUUUCACUCUUGUCAUUGUGCUCUUUAA